UCGAUUAAUUCGAGAAAUAAUAUACCUACUACCUCCCACUAGUACGAACGAUAGCUUCGUCCCCAUGGGGUGGACAUACAUACAAACAAAGCUAGGUUUUAUUGCACUAGAGUACAUAUCCUCUGUUGUAAAAUUAUUGCUUUGUGGAGGGCAGGCUUUGAGAAAAGACAAAUGGAUACACAAGACAUUGAGUGUUCAUUGAUUAGAGAAACUGUAAAUGAAGAAGAGUCCAAGAACAAGAAAAAUGAAAUUUUUGAAGAAAUGAAGAGGUUAUUGGUACUAGCAGGACCUCUUAUGACAGUUAAUUUCUUACUUUAUUGUUUACAAGUGAUAUCUAUAAUGUUUGUUGGUCAUCUUGGAGAGUUACCUCUAUCUGGUGCUUCAAUGGCUACUUCAUUUGCCUCUGUAACUGGCCUAAGCUUGAUGAUGGGAAUGGGAAGUGCAUUGGAAACUUUAUGUGGGCAAUCAUAUGGUGCAAAGCAGUAUCAUAUGCUUGGUAUCCAUAUGCAAAGGGCAAUGCUUGUGCUUCUACUGGUUAGUGUUCCUGUGGCUUUCGUUUGGGCUAAUGCAGGGUAUCUUCUCGUAUUAUUUGGACAAGAUCCGGAAAUAUCAGCUGAAGCAGGAAGUUAUGCGCGUUAUAUGAUUCCAACUAUAUUCGCGUAUGCACUUCUACAGUGUCAUAUUAGAUUUCUACAAACACAAAACAAUGUGAACCCCAUGAUGUUCAGCGCGGGGAUCACUACUUUACUGCAUAUAUUUACUUGUUGGAUUCUGGUCUUUAAAUCUGGCCUAGGGAACAAGGGUGCUGCUCUUGCUAAUGCGAUAUCCUACUGGAUUAAUCUCUUGUUGUUAGCGGUAUAUGUCAGAAUAUCGCCUUCUUGUAGAAACACUUGGACUGGAUUUUCAAAAGAGGCGUUUCGUGAUAUAUGGAAAUAUAUGAAACUUGCCAUUCCUUCUGCUGUUAUGCUCUGCUUAGAGAUUUGGUCAUUUGAGAUGAUGGUUCUGUUGUCUGGACUUCUUCCGAAUCCAAAGCUAGAGACGUCGGUUCUUUCUAUCAGCCUUAAUACAUGUGCUAUGGUGUAUAUGAUUCCGUUAGGACUAAGCGGUGCCACGAGUGUAAGAGUUUCGAAUGAACUAGGAGCAGGACGACCUCAAGCAGCUCGUUUAGCAGCUUGUGCUGCAGUAUUGUUAGUGGCUACAGAAGGGGUUGUUGCAGCAAUUGUGUUGAUUUCUGUUCGUAAACUGUGGGGCUACUGUUACAGCACCGAGGAAGAAGUAGUCGAAUAUGUAGCAGAAAUGCUAGUCUUGCUAGCAGGUUCCCACUUCUUAGAUGGUAUUCAAUCUGUACUUUCAGGUACUGCGCGAGGGUGCGGAUGGCAAAAGAUUGGAGCAGUUGUUAACUUGGGAGCUUAUUACCUUUUCGGAAUACCUGCUGGUGUUAUAUUAGCUUUCGUCUACCAUAUAGGUGGAAAGGGACUAUGGUUGGGUAUUACACUUGCCCUUUUUGCACAAGCACUACUUCUUUUUGUAGUUACUCUGCAGACAAACUGGGAAAAAGAGAUGACAUAGUUUUAAUCGAUGAGACAUGUGAUAGAGUUAAUGAUUGGCUGGAAGUUUGUCUAAGGAUAGGAGACCGACCUUGAAGUCUAAAGGGUACGGAUUGAGCAGGGCCAAUACAUAGUACUUAGAGUGCAAGUUCAAUGAUGGAACCCGUGUAGCAAAUGUGGAGGUAAUUAAGGAUUGAUAUAUAAUUCAUCGCCAAGAAAGAAAGUUAUAAGUAUUUUGAGUCAAUAACCCAAGAAAAUUGAAAGAUUGACAACGAUAUUACACAUCGUAUUACAGCAAAGUAAAUGAAACAGAGACUUGUGUGCACUCAAUAUCUUACACAAUAAUAAAAAAAAUUUAAUUUUAGUGUCA